GCUACAUACUUACUCCGAAUCUACUUCGCGCCAAUGGCAAUCUUUAGCCUGUGGGUCAUUAACAAAGCUGGUGGUUUAGUCUACCAGCGCAAUUUCGCAGAUGGCCUCGCUCAGCUCACAUCAAACGAGUACUUAGUCCUCGCUGGCACUCUGCAUGGCAUUCACGCCAUUACAAGCCGCUUAUCCCCUGCUGGUUCAAGCUCAGGUGCACAGGUCAUUGAAGGGGAGACAUUUAAGAUGACCAUCUUGUUGACUGCGACAGGAACAAAAUUCGUUCUUCUCACAUCCUUAGCAGAGGCAACAGCGGAUUCGGUUCUUCAGAGAGUAUACGAGGCCUAUGCAGACGCUGUCAUGAAGAAUCCAUUUCACACUCCGGAGAUGCCGAUUCGCAGCGAGGGGUUUGACACACGAAUUACGAGCCUUAUCGGCACAGGACAACCAUGAUAUUAUAAAGCUUCGUAUCAAACCAUCGUCUUUGACACCACGUUUGUAACACUGUCGACUCAAACCGCUGAUCUGGAGAGUUCCUUGCCCUUCAAAGCUUC